AACAAAAAUUCAGCAAAUGGGAAGGCCACCAGCAAAGGAGCAAAAGUAUGUGGAUAUUUACAGAGAAAAGCCUAUUAAAGUCACAGUUAAAGUACUGGUACCUGUUCGGGAACACCCCAAGUUCAAUUUUGUUGGGAAACUUCUGGGUCCAAAAGGCAACUCCAUGAAGCGACUUCAGGAGGAGACCAUGUGCAAGAUGGCUGUUCUCGGAAGAGGUUCGAUGAAAGACCGUCAAAAAGAGGAAGAGUGCCGCAAUUCCCUCGACCCGAAAUACAGUCACUUAUCCGAUGACCUGCACGUUGAAAUUUCCGCUUUAGGCCCACCAGCUGAGGCACACGCUCGAGUCGCGUAUGCCCUCGCCGAAGUGAGGAAAUAUUUGAUCCCAGUCAACAACGAUAAUAUCAGACAGGAACAAAUGAGAGAGAUGGAGAUUAGAGAUGAGGCAGGAUAAAGAGGGAUAAUCCCCCUCGAUCCCAAAUCAUUGAGGCCAAUUUCUAGCCAU